AUGAUUGAUCCAUUGAAGUUGUUCAUGGAACACAUUGAAAAAACUCAAAUACUUUCUGGUAAAUACGUCAAGAUCCACGCAUAUCUUGUCUCUCUCAAGGAGGAGAAGAGUAAGAUCAUUGAUCUCGACCUUCCUACCUCCAAACAAUUCUUGGAUCAUGGAAUUACCAAUGUUGACGUGUUGCCGGAAGAGAUGAUAAGAGUCUUUCAGAACCCAAGCCUCAACCAAAAUAACACUGUGCCACAAGCACCACAGGUACCGAUGCAGAGUCAACAAGGGUUUGUGCAACAAGGGUUGGGGAAACAAGGCUUGGGACAGCAAGGAUUGGGACAACAAGGACUAGGACAACAAGGACUGAGACAACAAGAGUUGGGACAACAAGCGUUGGGGCAACAAGCGUUGGGGCAACAAACUUUGGGGCAACAGGCGUUGGAGCAACAAGCGUUGGAGCAACAGGCGUUGGCAGUCUGGGCGAUGGGGCAACAGGCGUUGAGGCAACAGGCGUUGGGGCAACAGGCGUUGGGGCAACAAGCGUUGGGGCAACAAGCAUUGGGGCAACAAGGACUGGGGCAACAGGCGCUGGGGCAACAAGGAUUCGGACAACAAGGAUUGGGGCAACAAGCGUUGGGGAAACAAGGGUUGGGGCAACAAGCGUUGGGGCAACAAGGGUUGGGACAACAAGGGUUGGGACAACAAGAAUUGGGGAAACAAGGGUUGGGGCAACAACAACCACAAGGAUUUCAACAACCACAAGUUAACCUAAGCCAUUUGCAACAACAACCGCGAGGAUUUCAGCUGCAACAACAGAUGAUGAAACAAAAUCAUAUGCAACAACAACAAGUAUUAAAGCAAUCACAAAUGAUGAAACCAAGUCAAGUGCCACAACAUCAAGAAUUACUGCAGCAAGUAGGGCAACAAGUAUUCGGUCAACACGAUGAGGAGAAACGUCCUUUGUAG